ACUGAUGGUCUCACAUUCCCAGGAUCCCGUAAGAGGGCAACUUUGACUCAAGCCAGAUUGUUGAAGAAUGAAGGAGUUGAAGUAUUUGUUGUUGCUGUACCAAACAAGAAAGACAAAGUAAAAGAUAAAGCAAGACAAGAAUGGGAAACAAUUGCAAGUGAACCAGCUGAUGAACACAUAUACGAAGUAAAUGAGUUUGAGGAGCUUGUAAAUCUAAUUUACAAGAUGACUGGGGAUAUAUGUCCUGAUGUUGCUAAUCCUACUACUACCAAAUCACCUAGAACAACACUAAAAGCUACAACCACAAUAAAACCAAAGACAACUCAAGCUACUACAAAAGCACCUGAAGAGACAACAACUGAACUGGAGAAAACCACACCAGAAAUAUCUGUAACAACACCCCCUAUGCUACCAAAAGCUUGUGGAGUGGACAUAG